AUGGAAAUACACAAAACUGAACAUGAUGAACAACAACAAUUAGAAAAUGAAUUAAUUGCACAUAAAUCUAUAGUUGCAAAUAAAGAUUAUCCAACAUUACUUGAUACAUUUGUUCAUGCCAAUGGUCUUAAAAUUCUUGCACAACAUUUUGCUCGUAAUUAUCCAUCAAUACAAUCCUAUGAUGAAUGUUUAACAUCAUCAUCAUCUCCAAAUACAAAUAUAUUCGAUAAAAUAAAUUUCUUUGAUUUUUCAUCAUUAGUUUCAACACCAUCAUCAUCAUCAACAAAUUCAUCAAAUAAUAUGACUAUGCCAUAUUAUGUAUUUAUAACAUUUUCAAUAUUUCUUCGUUUACCAAAUUAUGCACGUGCUAUGUUAAAAAAUCGUUCACUUGCAUGUAAUAUAAUACGUUUAAUGCUUGGACAAAAAGAAUCUAUAACAAAUGAAUAUCAAGAUCAAACACAACAACAACAACAUCAAGAAAGUUUUGAUAUGCGUCAAUUAUCUAAAUUACCAUUUGAAACUUUAUCAAUAUUACUUAAAGAUUCAUCAAAUGAUUUAUUAGAUGAAAUUUUACAUUCAAGUAUAUUACUUUUAUUACUUUCAUGUUUAUCAUCAAUAACACGUCAUCCACAUCGUAAACAAAAAGAUUCAACAAUAACAACAACAACAAUAACAACAACAACAACAACAGCAACACAAAUGUCAUCAUUAUCUAUUCCAUCAACACAAUCAACAACAAUAAAUAAUGCAACUAUAAUUGAUGAUAAUGAUGAUGAAUAUUAUGAAGAUGAUAUUGAACAAAUUGAAUCAACAACAAUACAACAAUUAAAUACAAUUAAUAAUACAAAUCAUAAUAAUCAUAAUAAUACAAAUGCAAAUUUUUGGGCUAAAGGUACAGGUUUUGGUACAGGUUCAACACAUUCACAAUGGAAACCUGAUGAAAUAAUUCAAAUACAAAAAUUACAUGAAGAACAUGUUAUUUAUUUAUUUGAUAUAUUUUGUUCAAUAUUUUCAAAUAAAUUAUCUGAAGAACUUCUUGAUGAUAAUUUAAUUGAAAUUAUAAAUACAUCAUGUCUUAUACCUGUACUUGAAUCAUAUUUACGUAAUGAUUCAAUAUUAGAUAUAACAAAACAAGGUGAUAUACAUCGAUAUUGUUUACGUUUAGUUAAUUGUUUAUUAAAUAAUAAUAAAUUAAAAAAUUUAAUUUAUCAAACAAGUAAUAUUGAAUAUUUAAUUGAAAAUCUUUUACAAUGUGUACAAACAUAUACAUCAAUGAUACAAAUUGAUGAUGAUGAACAAUUAAAUUUAUUUUCUGUUGAAUUAAAACAAGUUUAUGAUAAAAUAAAACAAGAUAAACAAAUUGAAAAUGAUCAACAAUAUCAAUUAAAUAUUCAUAAUAAACAACAAUUAAUAACAUUAGAAGAAUUUUAUUGUCAAACAAUGAAAUUAUUACAAUUUAGUACAUAUCCAAUAACAAUUGAAAAUGAAACAAAUGAUAAAAUUUUAUUUAAUAAAACAAUUAAAUAUCAUUAUGAAGAUAUUGUACGUGAUGCAUUAAUUAUUAAUUCAAUGCAAAGAAUAAAACGUUUAGCACAAGAACAAAUAACAAUAUCAACAUCAUUACCAUUAUCAUUUAGUUCGACAAUAUUUGUACGUUCAGAUGAAAAUCGUAUGGAUAUUAUGAAAAUAUUAAUAACAGGUCCUGAUGGUACACCAUAUUCAAAUGGAUGUUUUAUAUUUGAUGUUUAUUUUCCAAAUGAAUAUCCAACAACACCACCAUCGAUUAAUUUAGAAACAACAGGAAAUCAUACAGUUAGAUUUAAUCCAAAUUUAUAUAAUGAUGGUAAAGUUUGUUUAAGUAUAUUAAAUACAUGGCAUGGUAGACCAGAAGAAAAAUGGAAUUCAACAUCGACAUUUUUACAAGUUCUUGUCUCUAUCCAAUCUCUGAUAUUUGUACCUGAACCUUAUUUUAAUGAACCUGGUUAUGAACGUACACGUGGUACUGCAACUGGUACUGCUCAAUCGCUUGAAUAUGAUGCUAAUAUUCGACAAGCAACAGUUCGAUGGGCAAUGCUUGAACAAUUACGAAAUCCUCCUGCUUGUUUUACUGAUAUUAUACGGCGACAUUUCUUUUUUAAACGAAAUGAAAUAAUUGAUCAAUGUGAAGCAUGGAUACGUGAAUUACAAGAAACAUCAUCAACAGAAAAACGUAUUAGUUCUUCUAUAAGUCAACAUAUUGCAUCACUUAUACGUCACACAAAUGAUCUUAAAAAAGAAUUAACUUCUUUAACACUACCUGAUGAUUUUGUUAUUCCAUCUGAAUUAACAACACUAUUACUUAAAACAUCAUCGAAUAAUAAUAAUAAUAAUGUAACAACAGAUCAAGUAAUACCUUCUUGUUCUUCAAUUUCUUCUACAACUACAACAACAACAGCAACAAUAAAUAUUCCAUCAAUAUCGGAUACAAAUAAAAAAUCCGAACAAAUAAUAACUUCAUCAUCAACUGAUGAACAUUCAAUACAAAUUAAAAUAGUACCUAAUCUACAAUAUCAAUCAUCUAUAUCAUCAGCUGCUGCCACAAUUGAAUCACCAGCAACAUUAAUUGAUACAGAAACUCAACAAUCAUCUAAUUCAUCAGCUGAUCAAUAUGAUCAACAACAAAAUCAAUCACCAUCAACAAAUACAAAUACAUAUGAUAUAACUAUAACACAUUCAAAUAGUUUAAUAUCAGAUUGGACAUCAACUGAUACACCAAAUGUGCCAUUACCUGAUGAUGGACUUAUUUAUGAUGAUUUACUUGAUGAUGAAGAUGAUUUAGAUGAUGAUUUAGAUAUAGAAGAUAUGCUUGAAUAUGAAGGCGAGAUACCUGACGGUUAUCCUGAAGAUUUUUAUUGA